UGAGACACGAGGCGAGCCAAACCUUUUCCACCGGCUGCUUCUCCUCUUUGUCCAUCAUUCACAUCCACAGCUACACCAUGGCGAAUGUCGUCGAUACAAAACUGUACGACAUCCUCGGAGUGUCUCCAUCAGCAACUGAAAACGAACUGAAGAAGGCAUACCGGAAACUGGCAAAAGAAUACCACCCUGACAAGAACCCAAAUUCUGGUGACAAGUUCAAAGAAAUCAGCUUUGCCUAUGACGUGCUGACCAACCCCGAAAAGAAGGAACUUUAUGACCGCUAUGGAGAACAAGGUUUGCGGGAAGGAGGCGGGGGCGGCCCAGGGAUGGAUGACAUCUUCUCCCACAUAUUUGGCGGUGGACUCUUCGGCUUCAUGGGUGGCCAGGGGAGCCGCUCCCGUAACGGAGGGCGCAGGAGAGGAGAGGACAUGGUCCAUCCGCUCAAAGUGACACUGGAAGACCUUUACAAUGGAAAGACAACCAAACUACAGCUUAGCAAGAAUGUUCUGUGUAGCACUUGUAACGGGCAGGGAGGCAAGACGGGCGCCGUACAAAAAUGUACAACAUGUAGGGGGCGUGGCAUGCGCAUCAUGAUCAGACAGCUGGCCCCGGGGAUGGUCCAACAGAUGCAGUCUGUGUGUACCGAUUGUAACGGAGAAGGUGAAGUUAUCAGUGAGAAAGACCGCUGUAAAAAAUGCGAGGGCAAAAAAGUGGUGAAGGAGGUGAAGAUCCUGGAGGUGCACGUGGACAAAGGCAUGAAGCACGGCCAGAAAAUUACCUUCGGAGGAGAGGCCGACCAAGCACCUGGCGUCGAGCCGGGGGAUAUAGUCCUUGUCCUGCAGGAGAAAGAGCACGAGACAUACAGGCGAGAUGGCAACGACCUGUUCAUAAACCACAAGAUCGGCCUGGUGGAGGCGCUGUGCGGCUUCCAGUUUAUGCUCAAACAUUUAGACGCCAGACAGAUUGUAGUGAAGUACCCUGCUGGCAAAGUCAUUGAACCAGCCUCAGUGAGGGUGGUGCGAGGAGAGGGAAUGCCACAGUACCGUAACCCUUUUGAGAAGGGAGACCUGUACGUCAAGUUUGAUGUCCAGUUCCCCAGCAACAACUGGAUCAGCCCUGAGAAACUUGUGGAACUGGAAGACAUGCUGCCCUCACGGUCGGAGCCGCCCAUCAUCACCGGAGACACCGAGGAGGUGGACCUGCAGGAUUACGACGUCAGCCAGAGCUCAUCAUCGGGCGGCCGCCGAGAGGCCUACAACGACAGCUCCGACGAAGAGGGCGGCCACCACGGGCCCGGGGUCCAGUGUGCCCACCAGUAGUCCAAUUACUCUAUCACACACACACACACAAACCGCACGCACACACAUACACAAGCGACCUACGUUGUACAUGGGGAGAAAAUGUAUGCGUUGCAGAGCAAACAAGGAGGUAGGUCAGACUGAAGAGGCUCGGUAGUUCCCCAGACACAGAUCAAAUGGACAUAACAUUGAAUCAUGGCACCUGGAGAAGCUGGUUUAAUGUUAUUGACUCAUGUGCUAGGGUUAGUUUGAUCUCUGUCUGAGGAACUGGAGCCGGGGCAAACCAUGAGACUUAUUACACUGCACCUGAAACAGAUUUAGACACAUCAGGUAGAAGGCAUUUAAUGUAUUUAAAAAAACGUAUCAAAAAUAAGUGGUUGCCCCACCGAACGCCAUGUAGGACUGUGAUCUGGUGUUCAAAGUGAACCCCAUCCCUCACUUCAACUCCUCCGUCACCCCCACCCCCCUGUAAAUGUCCCGAUAUCCACCUCCUCUAAUGGAAACUCCAGAUCAUUUGAAGAAAGGAAUAUUUCUUGUUUGCUAAGUGUGUGACUUGCAUUUUGUUUUCAUAGUAUUUACAAUAAUUAAUUUAAAAUAACUAACCAAUGUGCAUACACGGAAAAGAAAAAAGACAAAAAAAAAAAAAAAAAAAAAAGCAGCUGAGCAAUGUGUCAUUGUGCAGAUCUUUGGAAUCGUAUUCACGGAUUCAUCCACUCAGC